GCAGUGUGUUUUGUGCAGUAGAGUGUGGUUUCACAGCAUCAGCAUUAAACACAUGAACUACAGUACAGUACUACAUGCGGGCAGAGCAGUGACCAAACUAAGAGCAGCGCUGAAAACACAGCAGCACAGACUGCACCGAGGCUUCUGCUGUGUCUAAAACAACAGUCAACCCUUUAACUGUAUGUUUUGCAGGACCUUAUGCUUUGAAUAUGUUUUCUCUGGUUUAGGAGAAGUAUCUGUCUGCAGCUGUAUGUAGGUGCAAUACCUAUAUAGCCUUUCCCCUUUUUAUUUAUGGUCGAUAGGGUUGUGAAAUGCAUCAAAGAACAUGUAUUUCCAAAUAAAACUGAUACACUAAUUAAUAUUGCUGAUUGGAAAGUUACAAGUGUCUUUGUCUGAACUAACAUCAGUCUAAUACUUUUAAGAAGCUGCGGCUCUGACCUGAAGGGAGAGAGCCGAUAACCUUGACCUUCAGCUCUCAGACUCCCAUCAUUCAGCGAUACGUUGUUAUUGUGAUUUGGACAGAGCACGACUGACUCCUCCCCCGCGGUUGAAAUGCUGUAUAAAUGCAGCAUCAGCGUGUCGACGGUGUCUGAAAGCUUGCUACCACCCAAACAUGAAGGGCCUGAAUUUGGUUCUCCUUGUACUUCUCCUGAUGAUGGCAGUCGGGGAGGGCAAUGAUCCAGAAAUGCAGUACUGGACAUGUGGGUAUAGGGGACUCUGCAGGCGGUUCUGUUAUGCUCAGGAGUACAUCAUUGGUCACCAUGGUUGUCCCCGGAGAUACAGGUGCUGUGCUAUGCGAUCUUAGCGUCUGUCACAGUAUGAGGCCUGACGUUCAAGGCAGGAAGCUGGGAUCCUGGUGACUGACUGUUCUCCUGGAUCAACAGUUCUGCCAGCGUUCCUCAACCAGCGCCUCUUAGACUCCCAGCAUGCUGUGCUUGAGUGAACGGAUUAUUAUAAUUAGACUGCUUCUGCUGCCCACUACCCCAACCUGUAUCUCAUAUCACAUGAAAUGUCAUAAGCAACCACUUGCGAGGGGUUAGUUAUAUUUUCUGCAAUGCAGUGUGGCUAAUAAAUGCAUGACAAUAAGCACA